GAGGGGGCUGCCCAGAGCCUCUCGUCCGGCCCACUGACGGCAUGAAGCCUUUAGGGGCACGCAGUCCUCUCAGAUUUUUGGUUGAAGCCCCUCAUCUGCCGUCAGUCUGAAGGCAGGGCCCCGCAGAGGACGGAUCUGAGGGUCCCGGCCGGCGGGGCCAACCGAGAGGGAGAGGAGGGGGCGACAGACAGGAAGGAAGCAAACCAUCAAAUUCAAAGAAAAAGCCCUUUGACUUUUUCCCCCCUCUCCCUCCCCAAUGGCUGUGUAGCAAACAUCCCCGACGAUACCUUGGAAGGGACGACGUUGGUCUGCAGCCGCAAUUUCGUGGGUUGAGUUCACGGUUGUGAGCGCGGGGCUCGGAGAUGGAGCGGUGGUCCUCUAGGUGGAAAACGAAACGGUGGCUGUGGGAUUUCACCAUUACAACUCUCGCAUUGACUUUCCUCUUCCAGGCUAGAGAAGUCAGAGGAGCUGCUCCAGUCGAUGUACUAAAGGCUCUAGAUUUUCACAAUUCUCCAGAGGGAAUAUCAAGAACAGCGGGCUUUUGCACAAACAGAAAGAAUUCAGAAGGUUCAGAUACUGCUUACAGAGUUUCAAAGCAAGCACAACUCAGUGCCCCAACAAAACAGUUAUUCUCAGGAGGAACUUUUCCAGAAGAUUUUUCAAUACUAUUUACAAUAAAACCCAAAAAAGGAAUUCAGUCUUUCCUUUUGUCUAUAUAUAAUGAGCAUGGUAUUCAGCAGCUCGGUGUUGAGGUUGGGAGAUCACCGGUUUUCCUGUUUGAAGACCACACUGGGAAACCAGCCCCAGAAGACUAUCCCCUCUUCAGAACUGUUAACAUUGCUGAUGGAAAGUGGCAUCGGGUAGCAAUCAGCGUGGAGAAGAAAACUGUGACAAUGAUUGUUGAUUGUAAGAAGAAAACCACAAAACCCCUCGACAGAAGUGAGAGAGCAAUCGUUGACACCAAUGGAAUCACGGUUUUUGGAACAAGGAUUUUGGAUGAAGAAGUUUUUGAGGGGGACAUCCAGCAGUUGCUGAUCACGGGGGACCCCAAAGCAGCGUAUGACUACUGCGAGCAUUACAGCCCGGACUGCGACAACUCCGCGCCCAGGGCCGCUCAGGCCCAGGAACCGCAGGUGGAUGAGUAUGCUCCUGAGGAUAUAAUGGAAUAUGACUAUGAGUAUGGGGAAGCAGAGUAUAAAGAGGCUGAGAGUGUAACAGAGACACCCACUGUAACUGAGGAGACAAUAACCCAAACCGAGGCGAAUAUUGUUGAUGAUUUUCAAGAAUACAAUUAUGGAACAGUGGAAAGUUACCAGACAGAAGCUCCUAGGCGUGUAUCUGGACCAAAUGAGCCAAAUCCAGUUGAAGAAGUAUUUACUGAAGAAUAUCUAACUGGAGAGGAUUAUGAUUCCCAGAGGAAAAAUUCCGAGGAUACGUUAUAUGAAAACAAAGAAAUAGACGGCAGGGACUCUGAUCUUCUGGUAGAUGGAGAUUUAGGCGAAUAUGACUUUUAUGAAUAUAAAGAAUAUGAAGAUAAACCAACAAGCCCCACUAAUGAAGAAUUUGGUCCAGGUGUCCCAGCAGAAACAGAUAUCACAGAAACAAGCAUAAAUGGCCAUGGUGCAUAUGGAGAAAAAGGGCAGAAAGGAGAACCAGCAGUUGUUGAACCUGGCAUGCUUAUUGAAGGACCACCAGGGCCAGCAGGACCUGCGGGUCUUAUGGGUCCUCCAGGUCUACAAGGCCCCAGUGGACCCCCAGGUGACCCUGGCGAAAGGGGUCCCCCAGGACGUCCUGGUUUACCAGGGGCUGACGGACUACCUGGCCCUCCUGGUACCAUGUUAAUGUUACCGUUUCGCUAUGGUGGCGAUGGUUCCAAAGGACCAACCAUCUCUGCUCAGGAGGCUCAGGCCCAGGCCAUUCUUCAGCAGGCUCGGAUUGCUCUGAGAGGUCCACCUGGCCCAAUGGGUCUAACUGGAAGACCGGGUCCUGUGGGGGGACCUGGUUCCUCUGGGGCCAAAGGUGAGGCUGGUGAUCCAGGUCCUCAGGGCCCUCGUGGUGUCCAAGGUCCUCCAGGUCCAACAGGAAAACCUGGAAAAAGGGGUCGUCCAGGUGCUGAUGGAGGACGAGGAAUGCCCGGAGAACCCGGGGCGAAGGGGGAUCGAGGAUUUGAUGGACUUCCAGGUCUGCCAGGUGACAAGGGUCAUAGGGGUGAACGAGGUCCCCAAGGUCCUCCCGGUCCUCCUGGUGAAGAUGGAAUGAGGGGAGAAGAUGGAGAAAUAGGACCAAGGGGUCUUCCAGGUGAAGCUGGUCCACGAGGUUUGCUGGGACCAAGGGGAACUCCAGGACCUAUAGGGCAGCCUGGUAUUGCAGGUGUGGAUGGCCCCCCAGGACCAAAAGGGAACAUGGGUCCCCAAGGGGAGCCUGGACCACCAGGUCAGCAGGGGAAUCCAGGACCUCAAGGUCUUCCGGGUCCACAAGGUCCGAUUGGUCCUCCUGGUGAAAAAGGACCACAAGGAAAACCAGGGCUUGCGGGACUUCCUGGUGCCGACGGGCCUCCCGGUCAUCCUGGAAAAGAAGGCCAGUCUGGAGAAAAGGGUUCUCUGGGUCCUCCUGGCCCACAGGGUCCUAUUGGCUACCCUGGUCCCCGAGGAGUAAAGGGAGCAGAUGGUGUCAGAGGUCUCAAGGGCUCUAAAGGUGAAAAGGGUGAAGAUGGAUUCCCAGGAUUCAAAGGUGACAUGGGUCUCAAAGGUGACAGAGGAGAAGUUGGUCAAGUGGGUCCAAGAGGAGAAGAUGGCCCUGAAGGCCCCAAAGGUCGAGCUGGUCCAACUGGAGACCCUGGUCCUUCUGGUCAAGCAGGAGAGAAGGGGAAGCUUGGUGUUCCAGGAUUACCAGGAUAUCCAGGAAGACAAGGUCCAAAGGGUUCCACUGGAUUUCCUGGGUUUCCAGGUGCCAAUGGCGAGAAAGGUGCACGGGGCGUUGCUGGCAAACCAGGCCCUCGGGGUCAGCGAGGUCCAACGGGUCCUCGAGGUUCGAGAGGUGCGAGGGGUCCGACUGGGAAACCCGGUCCCAAGGGCACUUCAGGUGGUGAUGGCCCUCCUGGCCCUCCUGGUGAAAGAGGGCCUCAAGGACCUCAGGGUCCAGUUGGAUUCCCUGGACCAAAAGGUCCUCCUGGACCACCUGGGAAGGAUGGCCUGCCGGGACACCCAGGGCAACGUGGGGAGACUGGAUUUCAAGGCAAGACUGGCCCUCCUGGUCCAGGAGGUGUCGUUGGACCACAGGGACCAACUGGUGAGACUGGCCCAAUAGGUGAACGUGGACAUCCUGGCCCUCCUGGCCCUCCCGGCGAGCAAGGUCUUCCUGGUGCUGCAGGAAAAGAAGGGGCAAAGGGUGACCCAGGUCCUCAAGGUGUCUCAGGGAAAGAUGGACCAGCAGGGUUACGCGGUUUCCCAGGUGAAAGAGGACUUCCUGGAGCUCAGGGUGCACCUGGACUGAAAGGAGGAGAAGGUCCCCAGGGCCCACCAGGUCCAGUUGGCUCACCAGGAGAACGUGGAUCAGCAGGAACAGCUGGCCCAAUUGGUUUACCAGGGCGGCCAGGACCUCAGGGUCCUCCUGGUCCAGCUGGAGAGAAAGGUGCUCCUGGAGAAAAAGGUCCCCAAGGCCCCGCAGGGAGAGAUGGAACACAAGGCCCCGUGGGUCUCCCGGGGCCCGCUGGCCCUGCUGGCUCCCCUGGGGAAGAUGGAGACAAGGGUGAAAUCGGUGAACCAGGACAAAAAGGCAGCAAGGGGGACAAAGGAGAAAAUGGUCCUCCCGGUCCCCCAGGUCUUCAAGGUCCAGUUGGUGCCCCUGGAAUUGCUGGAGGUGAUGGUGAGCCAGGUCCCAGAGGUCAGCAGGGAAUGUUUGGACAGAAAGGUGAUGAGGGUGCCAGAGGCUUCCCAGGACCUCCUGGUCCCAUAGGUCUGCAGGGUCUGCCAGGCCCACCUGGUGAAAAAGGUGAAAAUGGGGAUGUUGGCCCCAUGGGUCCACCUGGUCCUCCAGGCCCAAGAGGCCCUCAAGGUCCCAACGGAGCUGAUGGUGAACCUGGGGACGCGGGGAACCCAGGGCCUCCUGGAGAAGCAGGCCCAGGCGGUCCCAAAGGAGAAAGAGGAGAGAAAGGAGAAGCUGGUCCGCCUGGAGCUGCUGGACCUCCUGGUGCUAAGGGACCACCAGGUGAUGAUGGGCCUAAGGGUAACCCGGGUCCUGUUGGUUUUCCUGGAGAUCCUGGUCCUCCCGGGGAACCCGGCCCUGCAGGUCAGGAUGGCGUUGGUGGUGACAAGGGUGAAGACGGAGAUCCUGGUCAGCCGGGUCCUCCUGGCCCAUCUGGUGAGGCUGGCCCACCAGGUCCUCCUGGAAAAAGAGGUCCUCCUGGUGCUGCAGGUGCAGAGGGAAGACAAGGUGAAAAAGGCGCUAAGGGAGAAGCAGGAGCCGAAGGUCCUGCAGGAAAAACUGGCCCAGUUGGUCCUCAGGGACCUGCUGGAAAGCCUGGACCAGAGGGUCUUCGGGGCAUCCCUGGCCCUGUGGGAGAGCAAGGUCUCCCUGGAGCUGCAGGCCAAGAUGGACCACCUGGUCCUAUGGGACCUCCUGGCUUACCUGGUCUCAAAGGUGACCCUGGUUCCAAGGGUGAGAAGGGGCAUCCUGGUUUAAUUGGCCUGAUUGGUCCUCCAGGAGAACAAGGUGAAAAGGGUGACAGGGGACUCCCUGGAACUCAAGGAUCUGCAGGAGCAAAAGGGGACGGAGGAAUUCCAGGUCCUGCUGGUCCCAUAGGUCCACCUGGUCCCCCAGGCUUACCAGGUCCUCAAGGUCCAAAGGGUACCAAAGGCUCAACUGGACCUGCUGGCCAGAAGGGUGACAGUGGUCUUCCAGGACCCCCGGGGCCUCCGGGUCCGCCUGGUGAAGUCAUUCAGCCUUUACCAAUCUUGUCACCCAAAAAAACGAGAAGACAUGCAGAAGGCAUGCAGGCAGAUGCAGGAGAUAAUAUUCUGGAUUACACUGAUGGAAUGGAGGAAAUAUUUGGUUCCCUCAAUUCCUUGAAACAAGACAUUGAGCAUAUGAAGUUUCCAAUGGGCACACAGACCAACCCAGCCCGAACUUGCAAAGACCUGCAGCUCAGCCAUCCUGACUUCCCAGAUGGUGAAUAUUGGAUUGAUCCUAACCAGGGUUGCUCAGGAGAUUCCUUCAAAGUUUACUGUAAUUUCACGUCUGGUGGUGAGACUUGCAUUUAUCCAGACAAAAAAUCGGAGGGAGUGAGACUUUCGUCAUGGCCAAAGGAGAAACCAGGAAGCUGGUUUAGUGAAUUCAAGAGAGGAAAACUGCUUUCAUAUUUAGAUGUUGAAGGCAAUUCCAUUAAUAUGGUGCAAAUGACAUUCCUGAAACUGCUGACCGCCUCUGCGCGGCAAAACUUCACCUACAACUGUCAUCAGUCAGUAGCCUGGUAUGACGUGUCCUCAGGGAGCUAUGACAAAGCCCUUCGGUUCCUGGGAUCAAAUGACGAGGAAAUGUCCUACGACAACAGCCCUUACAUCAGAGCCCUGUCUGACGGCUGUGCGUCAAGAAAAGGCUAUGGAAAUACUGUGAUUGAAAUCAACACACCGAAAAUUGAUCAAGUACCUAUCGUUGAUGUGAUGAUCAAUGACUUUGGUGACCAGAGUCAGAAGUUUGGAUUUGAAGUUGGUCCUGUUUGUUUCCUUGGCUAAGAUUAGGACAAAGAAUAUAUGAAAUCGACAGAAAAUACACCUUGGUGCCACCAAUCCAUUUUAUGCCACAUGCAAGUUUUGAAUAAGGAUGGUAUAGAAAACAACUUGCUACGUAUACAUUUACCAAUUAAGAAAUACCGAUGCCCGUGAGGGGGCAGAAUCACAUGACAAAAGCUUUGGAAAUCAUAAAAUUAUAAGACAGUGUGGCUGAGAUGGAAACAGGCCUUAUUCUUGACUCCCAAUUUUCGUCUCUCCUCCUCCUAUUUGGAUUUCUUUGGUGCUGUAGGAAAAAAAAAAAGAGAAAAAUAUAUAUUCAUAAAAGAUAUGGUGCUCACUCCCAUCCAUCAUGGAUGUGCUAAAACAGUGUGUUUGAUAAAUUGUAAUUAUUUUAUGUACAGUUCUAUACUGUUAUCUAUGUGUCCAUUUCCAAAACUUGCACGUGUCUCUGAAUUCCAUCUGACUCUAAUUUUAUGACAAUUGCAGAACUAUGAUGGCAAUAAAUAUAUGUAUUAUGAAAAAAUAAAGUUGUAAUUUCUGAUGACUCAUUCCCUUUCUUUGACGAAUAAUAAAAUGCCUUUGUAUAUAUUGAUGUUGAAGAGUUCAAUUAUUUGAUGUCGCCAACAAAUUUCUUAGAGGGCAAAAACCUGGAAGACUUUUGGAAGCACACUCCGAUCAGUUCUUCUCUACUGACCGUAACUUUGCUGAAUUUCAGCCAAAAGCAUCAUGCAUUAUCUUGAUGCUUUAUUCAAUGCUAUACCUCAGCCUUUUUCUUUUCAGAGUCUAGGAUUUCACAGGAUACUUGUAUAUAUGGAAAAUAAACAAGCUUAUAUUUUUUGGACAGGAAAUGUGUAUGAGAGGCUAACUUAACAAAUUCAUGUCUCCAUCAAGCAAUUAAUCAGAUGUACAAUUUUUUUACUACCUUAUCUCAUCUCAUUGUUUUCAGUGUGCUUCAACCAUUCAGAUUACUAUUAAAAGGUGGAAACUAAGCAAUUAUUUAUGAAUUUGUUUAAUGUUAUAUUUUUAAUCAGUCAACUUCUUGAAUCUGAUUCUAAGUUGCGUAUUAUAAAAGUCUCCAAAUACUAUUUUACCUGCACCUACCCAACAAGUAUCAUUUCUUUUCUUUCAAGACAAUACACAUUAUCUGACCUACCUAACUGCUAAAUAACAUGUGGGUGAACUGUUACUAACAGUGCUUGUUUUAAAAGUCAUACUUACUAAAAACAAUCAGAACUUUUUUUUUUCCACUAAGGCCUUUUCUUUCAGGUAGCUUGAAAUAGCAGUAAAAUUUAAAAAUUAAAAAUUGAACUUUGUAACUAUUUAAAUAAUAUAUGUAAGACUUGAAAAUAAAUGUUUUAUUAUUUCUUAUAUGAAGUGUUAAAUUAAUUGGUACCAGAUUUCACUGGAACAUUUUCAACUGAUAAUUUAUCACAAAAGACCAUACCUGUAAUAUUGAAAUUAAAACGUGAACAUUUGUCAUUCAGAAGUUCUUUUAUUUUUGAAAUCAAGUUUGUAAAUGUCCUUUCAAGAAGGGAGAUAUGAAUCGUAUAAAUAAACUCAAGUCUUGUCUA